AUGAGAUCCUUAAAGCACCUGAAGCCUCACAGCAGGAGGACCGUGGAGGAGGCGAGCCGGCGCCUGGGUAGAUGUGAGCCCAAGGUAAUGGCCAGGCUGGUGGACAUUAGCACACAGACAGAUCCUGUAGUUGUGCUGUCCUUGGCCCAGGCCGCCGUGCUAGGUCUCAUCUCCCAGAAUGAAGUAUUUGGAGCUACCAUUGCACCCAACGGCUUCUACACCGGUGAACCCAAAGAGUCCCCUGCCCCCCCAGUAGACGGAGUGGACUACGAGUACGCCGACCAGCUUAUCGGAGCAAACGGAGAUUACCUAGGUGACAAUUUGGGAGAGGACGGUCAAAUGCAACCCAGCUGCAGUCAGAGGCGGUGGCAACAGGGCCCCCCUCAGCACCCGGACGUAAAAAUGGUCCUCCCAGACCGCCACGGCCUUCAAGGCGCCGACAUAUCCUCGUCCCACGUGAAAGGGGAAGGGGUGAGCACCGGAAUGCCCUCCUGCAUCCACAUGCUGAACAAUAUGGCUCCCAGAGGUGGCUUGGUUCAAGUGGAUCCGGCCACUCUCCGAGGAACCAACAAGAACUGCGUCGAGUGUGAGCGGGAGGCAACGGGCCAGCAGCCACCCAACUCGCACGUGCACCCGCCCCCGCCCCAGGUGGCUCACAGGGGAGCCGACCAGGGCCACAGAGGUCUUCAGGCCCAGCGCCCCAUGGGGGCUCACGGCCGAAGCGGCCGAGAGGACGAGGAGGACGUGGAACACCAGGGCAACGCCAUGAUGAAGCCCACGCAGCAGGAGGAGGCCAUCAGCAGCUACUUCCAGACCAGCGAGGUGGGCAGCUACGACUCCACCGAGAUGGGCAUGGGGGGCGAGUACGAGGACGGCAGCCAGAGCAUGAUGUGGGCGGACGGGAGCGCCGCCGCCAGCGGCGGCGGGGCGCCGCACCAGCAGCCCCCGCACCCCCAGCCGCCCCGCCGCCACGGCGGCCGGCGGGUCGACCGGCUGGACAUCAACAUCCAGAUCGACGAGUCGUACUGCGUGGACGUGGGCGACGGGCUGAAGCGCUGGAAGUGCCGCAUGUGCGACAAGUCCUACACGUCCAAGUACAACCUGGUCACGCACAUCCUGGGCCACAACGGCAUCAAGCCGCACGCCUGCCCCCACUGCGGGAAGCUCUUCAAGCAGCCCAGCCACCUGCAGACCCACCUGCUGACCCACCAGGGCACGCGGCCCCACAAGUGCACCGUCUGCAAGAAGGGCUUCACGCAGACCAGCCACCUGAAGCGCCACAUGCUGCAGCACACCGACGUCAAGCCCUACAGCUGCCGCUUCUGCCGCCGCGGCUUCGCCUACCCCAGCGAGCUGCGGGCGCACGAGGUCAAGCACGAGCGCGGCCGCUGCCACGUCUGCUCGCAGUGCGGCAUGGAGUUCCCCACCUACGCCCACCUCAAGCGCCACCAGACCAGCCACCAGGGCCCGCACACCUUCCAGUGCACCGAGUGCAACAAGUCCUUCGCCUACCGCAGCCAGCUCCAGAACCACCUCCUGAAGCACCAGAGCCCCAGGCCUUACACCUGCUCCCAGUGCGGCCUGGAGUUCGUGCAGCUCCACCACCUGCGCCAGCACUCGCUAACCCAUAAGAGACGGCUCCAGGACGUGUGUCCUGGGGACUUCAUCAAGAAAAUUGAGUUCCUAGCUCUGAAGGAGCGGGUCCCUGCGGUCUUUGCACUGCUCCCCCUGGUGGAGACCAGCAGCACCGCCCAUUUGCCGGGUAGACGACUCAGGAGCAGCUGCCAAGCUGCUUUUCAGGGGCAGAAAACACAGGACGGUUAUCCAGUUAAGAAGGAGGAAUUCUCUGCUGGAAUGAAAGGCCACAAGUGUGAAGUGUGCUCCAGAGAGUUCACCCUGUCGGCCAACCUGAAGAGGCACAUGCUCAUCCACAACAGCGUCAGACCGUUCCAGUGUCACGUCUGCUUCAAGAGCUUCAUCCAGAAGCAGACCCUCAAGACUCACAUGAUCGUGCACCUGCCCGUCAAGCCGUUCAAAUGCAAGGUGUGUGGCAAGUCUUUCAACAGAAUGUACAACCUGCUGGGCCACAUGCAUCUCCACGCUGGCAGUAAGCCCUUUAAGUGUCCUUACUGCACCAGCAAGUUCAACCUAAAGGGAAACCUCAGCAGGCACAUGAAGGUUAAACACGGAAUGGACGUCUCUCCAGAGGGACAAGAAGUUCUUCCAGAGAUGGAGAGCCAGGGGGAGUACGAAAGCCAGAACUUCAGCUUUACAUCACCAGACAGCAUGGACAAUGGUGGCUCCCAAAACCUCACUAAACUCACCACAGCCAACAUGGACGACAUGGAGGAAUAUUACAAUUUUGGGAAAGAUACAAACAGCUACACUACACCAUGAGUGUCAGUGGACCAGAGAUACGUUUACUCCUCUUUCUUUCUUUUUUUCCCCCUUAUGAAGCCUGAGGGAUAUUACAGAGUGUUGUGGAGGCUUUGGAAGACUCUGGGAAAGUGGCUUCUUUUAGUUUUGGCCUCCUUCCAGAACAACUGGCGCUGAGGACGAUGACGGGAGGAGGGUCAGGCCUGGGAGGAGGGACGCUGUGACUCUGUCUCCCACUGCCGAGACUCUGAAAGUGUUGACACGGCCUGGAGCUCCUUCUACAGGAGGACUUCACUUACAGACUCCAAGGCUCUCUGAUGAACAGUCAAACUGUAUGUUGUGUGUACGUUUCAGUUAUUCAAAGAAAAACAAAAAAAAGAAAGUCGCAGAGCCUUUGGUUACAUUUAAUGUGAUAGAAAUGUAUUGUUUGCCAUGUUAUUUUUGUUUUUUCUCUCUCCUCACAACCCACGUACGCCCUUCUGACUAAAAGUGCCAGCUAGAAGCAUUUUGCCACUCGGGCUCCACCGGGGCAUCUAUUUUAUUCGCCGUCUGUGGAAGUUUUGAGACAUAGUCACAACAUAUUCAUAGGUUUGAACGCUCUUUCGUAACAGCUCGUAAUUGAAGGCAAGCUUUGCUGCCCAGCUGUUUGUUUUUUUACGUUUCAAUGCGCUUCCAAUGCAUUUUGUUCUUUUCUUUUUUCUUUCAUUAGCAGGGCAUUCACCACCAAAGUUAGCCGUCGGUGGUCAUUCUAAACCUGAAGAUGUGAUAGCUGGCCGGUGAGGCCCUGUCACUGCGACCGUCGGCGUGGCUCCAGGUGGUUCGGAUAGUGAUCCACGCCUCCCAGCGAAUGCACCGCUCUAGUUUCUGAACCACCAAGUAAAAAAUACAAAGCACUUUUCCAUUGGAACCUUUCUUUUUCCUAUGAAGGCUGUUUUCAGUUGGCGUGAAUUAAUUUGCCCAGAGGAGACAAGCAGGGGGAAAUUAGAUUAGAGAAGCUCGAAACCCCCUUAUUUGCAAUCCUGUCAAACUCGAGCAGAUCUCCGAUCCUGUUUGGUUUUUUGUAAACAGCAGGUUACUUGAUAUAGGUAUUCACAGUUGUCUGUUCACAUGGUGUACGAGCUGAGGAGUGAGCAUUUUGUUUGGAGACUCAGAGCUUUAGGCUCCCUGUUGUUUGUCCUGUCAGCGCUGGGUCCACUUUGCUUUUAAUUCAGUUUAUUCUUUUCUUUUGGAGAAAAAAAAACACAUUAGCAAUGAGUAUGUAAAAUAAUCUGUAGGCUUAAGAGGUAAAAGUAUAUUAUAUACCAGUCCAGCUUAGAUUGGUUUUGAAAUAGCUGAAUUAAAAGUGGAGUGACACCGGCCCUGCUCCUCAGAUUCUGCAUUAGGGAUGACGUUGGGCUCCCCCUGUCCUGCCAUGCAGGUCAGCCUUGAUAUGCACACUAAACCAGAAGAAUGGUCUACUAGUUCUUUUUUUGAGAUGAGAAAUAUUAAACUGAGACCUCAUGGAAAUUGACCAUGAAUUAUUUAAUAAAGGUCCUCUAGUUUAAAAGAUGAAUGUGGUUGUUUUAAUCCGUCACUGUAGAAGGGAUUAUACCUCAGAAUGUGAAGUUUUCGGUGGUUCUGGCUCACAGAGCGACGGCUGCUCAGCCCACCACCCCCACUCCCUAAUUAGACGUCAGAACUCUCAGACGGAUAACCAUGAAAUCAUGGUUUCGGUAAAUGAAUGCCAGCGGAUUUGGAUGACGUGCUCACAUUUUCUCCCCCUCCACUUUCGGGAUGACGUCAAAUGAGCUGCAACUGGAUUCUCAACAAGCUGCAUGACCCCUGGGAUGAAUUGUACUUACUGAAGGCUAAAAGUGCUCACGCAGGGCCGGGUCAAAAGGCUCAUACGUUGGCCUCUUGAAAGAUUUGGAAAGUCAAAUGAGUUUUAACAAAGUUAAAUAUGCGAAAAGAGCCUCAUGAGGAAGAAAAUCUGAAUAUAUUCCUUUGUGGUCACAAUGUGAUUUGAUUUUUGGAUGUUCGUGUACGACAUGCUGGGGUCACAGUCUGUGUGGGCAUUUUGAGACGCACCUGUCAAAUCCUGAGGUUUAGUUGACACCAAACGAAGG